UCUUCCUCAACACGAUGGCGGACCGCACCGUGCCCAGACCUGCCCAGGCUGGGACCGAGAAAAGUCGCUGACCGCCUUCCUCACCGGCACCGUUGUUUUUGUCCUCAUACCACCUGUCAAAAGAGGAAACGCUCUCACAGACAUCCCUCCUACGGAAUAGGCUAGCAUGCGGGACGUUAUCUCCGUGGAAUAAUGUUUGCUGGGACGAAGUAGUGUAGGAAGCAAGUGAGCCGGGCUGACGCACGCGUGCCGUGCAGCAAGUUGACUGAAAUAACAAAAGUCGCGUCAACAGGGAAGGGGACAGUCGCACUCGGAUUUACGGAGGUUUGGGGGAUACUUGUUCCGGCAAAAUGAAAUUCGCGGAGCAUCUUUCAUCCCAUAUCACUCCGGAGUGGAGGAAACAGUAUCUUCAAUAUGAGGCAUUCAAGGACAUGCUGUAUGCCGCCCAGGACCAAGCACCGUCCAUAGAAGUCACAGAUGAAGACACAGUCAAGAGGUACUACGCCAAGUUUGAGGAGAAGUUCUUCCAGACCUGCGAGAAGGAGCUGCUGAAGAUCAACACGUUUUAUUCAGAAAAACUGGCGGAGGCCCAGCGUCGCUUCGCCACGCUCCAGAAUGAGCUGCAGUCCACGCUGGACGCCCAGCGCGAGAGCAACGCCCCGGCGGGCCUGCGCAAGCGCAAGACGGUGUUCCACCUGUCGCAGGAGGAGCGCUGCAAGCACCGCAACAUCAAGGACCUGCAGCUGGCCUUCAGCGAGUUCUACCUCAGCCUCAUCCUGCUGCAGAACUACCAGAACCUGAACUUCACCGGGUUCCGUAAGAUCCUGAAGAAGCAUGACAAGAUCCUGGACACGCCCCGUGGGGCGGACUGGCGCGUGGCCCACGUGGAGGUGGCCCCCUUCUACACCUGCAAGAAGAUCACCCAGCUCAUCUCCGAGACAGAGGCCCUGGUGACAGCAGAGCUGGAGGGUGGGGAUCGCCAGAGGGCCAUGAAGAGGCUCAGAGUUCCUCCAUUGGGAGCAGCUCAACCCGCUCUGGCGUGGACAACCUUUCGCGUGGGUCUCUACUGCGGAGUCUUCAUCGUCCUCGCUGUGGCCUUCAUCCUCACCGCUGCUGUGAUCAUCAAAGACGAGAACAUCUGGCCACUGGUGAGGAUCCACCGCGGUGGCUUCCUGUUGAUCGAGUUCCUCUUCCUGUUGGGCAUCAACACCUACGGCUGGAGACACGCCGGGGUCAACCACGUCCUCAUCUUCGAGAUCAACCCGCGCAACAACCUCUCCCACCAGCACCUGUUUGAGAUCGCUGGUUUCCUGGGUGUGCUGUGGUGUACCAGCAUCCUGGCCUGCCUGUACACGUCCUCGGACUACAUCCUGCUGCCCAUGCAGGUGUACCCGCUGGUGCUGUACGGCUUCAUGCUGCUCUUCCUCAUCAACCCCCUGAAGACCUGCUACUACAAGUCCCGCUUCUGGCUCCUCAAGCUGCUGUUCCGGGUGUUCACCGCUCCGUUCCACCGGGUGGAGUUCGCAGACUUCUGGCUGGCGGACCAGCUCAACUCCCUGGUCAUCGUGCUCAUGGACCUGGAGUACCUCAUCUGCUUCUACAUCUUCGACCUGCAGUGGGGCAACAGGAAGGGCCUGCUGCCCAGCGGCAAAGAUCACUUCGUGUGCCACAGCUACUCGUACGGCGUGCGGGCCGUCAUCCAGUGUCUCCCCGCCUGGGUGCGCUUCGUCCAGUGCCUGCGGCGCUACCGCGACACCAAGCGCGCCUUCCCUCACCUGGUGAACGCCGGGAAGUACUCCACCACCUUCUUCGUCGUGACCUUUGCCGCGCUCUACAGCACGCACCGAGAGCAGAAGCACGCGGACGCGGACACCUUCUUCUACCUGCUCAUCGUCUUCUCCACCGUCAGCUCCCUGUACACGCUGAUCUGGGACCUGCGGAUGGAUUGGGGGCUGUUUGACCGCGGGGCCGGGGAGAACACCUUCCUCCGGGAAGAGAUUGUUUACCCGCACAAGGCGUACUACUACUGUGCCAUCAUCGAGGAUGUGAUCCUGCGCUUCGCCUGGACCAUCCAGAUCUCCCUCAGCACCAUCACCAGCACCCACUCCACGGGGGACAUCGUGGCCACCGUGCUCGCCCCCCUUGAGGUCUUCAGACGCUUCGUGUGGAACUUCUUCCGCCUGGAGAACGAGCACCUCAACAACUGCGGCGAGUUCCGCGCGGUGCGGGACAUCUCGGUGGCGCCGCUGAACGCCGACGACCAGACGCUGCUGGAGCAGAUGAUGGACCAGGACGAGGGCGUGAGGAACCGCACGGGCAAGAAGCCCCGCAAGAGGUCUUACAGCCUGUCUCUGCUGCGCCCCCUGCUGUCCACCUCCCAAUCCAAGAAGGACACAAAGGUGUUGAUUGAAGAUACGGAUGAUGAGGCCUUCAGCUGAGUCCAGCCAGGAGAGCCAGAUACACACAGAUACACACACAAACACACAUACACAUAUAUGCACAAAUACAAAAACACCCCCACACACACACCAACAUAUACACAGAUACACACACACACGCAUACAGUAUGUAUGCAAACACAAAUACACACGCGCACACACACACACACACACACACACACACACACACGCACACACGCACAUGACGCUGGUCACAGAAUACCUUGAAAGCUACGAGUCAACAACCUGCUGAAGCACAAGUAUAGUAUAAGAUAGUAAAGUUUAGCAUAGCAUAGUACUACUACAGUAUAGCAUAGUAUUUCUACAGUGGAGCGUGACUACACACAGCCAUACAGAUGAGACGUUGAAGGUUACGCGACGAGCCGAGACCACACUGCCGCAGGAAGUUCCUGAGUAUUCUUUUGUUCUUUCUUUUUAGCUAUUUUUUUUACUUUGAGACGUUUUGUAUAUUUCUUUUAAAAAAAGGUUUCCGUUUUUUUUUUUCUUAGUUGCAGAGAUAUAUAGUAGACGGCUAUAAACGACUGUUUACAAGCAUUCUCACUAGAUCGACAGGGAUUUUAAAAGCAUAUUUAAAGGACUGAUACUCAACAAUAACACGCCUGAGGAAAGGACUCAACAAACGAUAGCAGCAUAUCAGAAAAAAUCAACUGGUUUCAACUCGUUGGUUCUUUUAUACAGCUCUUCUUUUAUCUGCUGGUUGUUUUAUAAGAGUUUGGGAUUGGUUUUGUUUAUUGAGUUUUGCUGACGUCGCUGAAUAGCUACGACCCUGUAUGCACUCACUGAAAAGGUGCAAUUAAUACGUAAACAAAUCGAAACAUUUACAAAAAACAAAACGUAAUUAUGUUCUGUUUGAAACAUAUUCCUUAUCUGUAAACAAUGUUUUGAUGGGUGUAUAUCUGCCCGAUGCAUCUUUGCCUGGAUAUUUUUCAUGCAUUUUCUACAGUUUAAUUAUUGUUUAUUUUUUGAUGUCUGGUCUUGUGCCAUGGCCGACCGCUUAUAUCUAGAACACACACGAAGAUCAUCAAUAACACCAGAUCUUCAACACACACCCAGGAGUCAAGCAACAGCCAACAAAAAAAAAUGUGGAUGGUUUAUAUUAGAGAUGUCCGAUAUUAUCGGCCCACCGAUAUUAUCGGCCCGAUAUUAGCAUAAAAAUGUAAUAUCGGUCAAUAUCGGUAUCAGAUU